UCUCAAUACCAAGUUCUCCCUUGUGCUUUGAGUCUCUUCAUAAUGUACAAACAUAUUCCAAUCCACGAGCGAAAUAUCAGGGUCCUGCGAUUGCUGCCAAACCCCAUCAAAACCGCCCAACUCGAAUGCGAGCUCAUUGAAGCCGCGUUGGAUGACCUCCCGCGGUAUGAAGCCAUCUCAUAUACCUGGGAUGGACAACUACCUAGCUGGGAAAUCAAUUGUCACGGCGAGAAGUUGAUGAUCACGGAAAAUGCGGAUACCGUACUCCGCCGGUUUCGCCGCGAUAGUGAAGAAUGGCUGCUAUGGAUAGACUUCAUCUGUAUAUAUUCCCAUCGAACCACAAUGAAAGAUCCCCGAACCUUGAGGUUUGCACCUUAGUUUCAUGAAGG